AUGAGUGAUUUGGAUGAAAAAGACGCCGACAAAGAGGUGGAAGAACACGAUGAAGUUACAGAAGACGGGAACUCGUUAUCACCAGUUGCGAAGGCUUUAAGCCAAGUAGAAGUUCCAAAAACAGCACGACGCGUCAAGGUUUACGAAAUGGAGUUCGAUAAUUGGGCAGAUUGUGGAACAGGAUACUGUAGUGGCUUAAUUGAGGACUCGUUGGCAUUUUUGAUUGUUCAUUCGGAAAUCGAUAAUGAGACAGUUCUCCUUAAAACUCAAAUUAUAAACGAAGACAUUUAUUCGCGGCAAGAAGAUACAUUGAUAGUUUGGCAAGAACUGGAUGGAAGCGAUAUGGCUUUAAGUUUCCAGGAGGCUGUUGGUUGUAUAGAGAUGUGGACAUUUCUUGUUGAUGUGCAAAAAGCUAUAUCAACUGUAACCGGAAAGCCAAUUAAAGAGGAUUCUCUGUUAGACGAAGCGGCUUUAGCUCAACAUAAUUUGUCGGAAUCGAUGGUUCUGCCUGCUGCUGAACUUUCAAACUUUGCUGAAAUUAAUGAGUUUGUCUUGUGUGCAAUGCAAUCGCUGACGACGAGAGAAGCUCUUCGCAAGUUAAUUGUGUCUGAUCAUUACGCAGAACGGUUACUUGAACUGUUUUCUUUGUGUGAAGACCUGGAAAAUACCCAGGAUUUGUAUCUUUUGUGCUCAAUAUUCAAGAGCUUUAUUCAACUCAACGACGAUGCGUUUUUUGAACCAUUAAUACGCAACGAUGAAACUCUUCUUGCUCUUGCCGGUGUUUUUGAGUAUGAUCCGGAGUUUCCUAACUUCAAGGCUAAACAUCGCGAGUACUUGAUGGAUAACUCAAGGUUUAAAGAGGUCGUUCCCAUCCGUGAUCCUGAAGUACUCAAAAAAAUUCACCAAACUUUUAAACUUCAGUAUUUGCGGGACGUUAUUUUUUCUCGUGUUUUGGACGAUCCCACUUUUUGCGUUUUAAAUUCAUUCAUUUUCUUUAAUCAGGCUGACAUUAUCAAACAUCUUCAACACGACGAUGUAUUUUUAAAUGAACUUUUUGGAUUGUAUAGCAACCCAGACGAGAACGACCAACGAAAACAAGAUGGAAUUCUCUUGAUCCAACAAAUAUGUCAAAUCGCUCAGUCACUUCAGUCCCAGUCAUGUGGCGUAUUGUACACUGAAUUCGUCAAACGAAACCUGUUUUCCGCCUUGGAUUACGCUAUGAAGCAUGAGAAUCCUGUUGUACGUAAUACGGGAUCAGAUAUUCUUAUUUCAAUUAUUGACCAAAACCCCUCCCUGAUCUGGAAAGAAUUUGAAAAUGAUGUCGCCAAGUUCGAAGAUGAAAACACUGUUGAUGCCGAGAUGCAAAACACGCCAUCUCAAAACGCUCAACAGUCCAUGCUUACCUCCCUUAUUUCUAUGUUGCAUCAUGAAUCUUCGCUUGGUGUCCUUGCACAGAUGACGGAGGCCUUCAAAGCGCUGCUUAGCUGUCCUGGCUCUUAUGGAAAUGAAAACAUAAGCCGUGCUUAUGACAUGGUAAACGAAACAAACAUCGAAAAUGGUCUUCAUUUUAUUGAUGUAUUUUAUCAAAAGUUUCUCGACAAGCUCGUCCAACCGCUUCUUCAGUUGGAAGACCCAGAAGCAAUUGGCGACGAGCAAUUGAAUGUGCUUUCGAAUAUAUGCGAACUAGUAGGAUUUUGCAUGCGUUCUCAUGAAAACUGGUUGCACAAACGUGAAACUUUUUCUGGAUUGAGUAGGAGCGUUGCUAAACUGCUACACUGUACAAAAAAACACGUUCAGCUUACAGCCUUACGGUUUUUCCGUACUGGUGUUGGUGCACAUUGGGAUACAAUGAUUAGCCUUAUGUUGGAAAACCAUUCUUUCGAUGCAAUUUUUGAACUUAUGUUGUCUGUCCGUACAGGAAGUAACCUCGUCACCUCAGCGUGUCUCGAAUUCUUUGAGUUUGUAAAAAAUGAAGGAACUAUGCCUGUUUUGUUAUUUCUUUACUCUAACUAUCAAGACAAGUUGUCUGUGUUGCAGUCUCUGCACACCUUUGCAGAUCUCAUUAAUACGGUACAAUCAUAUCAGCAAAGUCAACGCCAAACAACCGAAAAUUUGGACAACACAGAAAACAAUCAAGAAGUCGCAAAAAAUGAUAUUUCCACUGAAGCAUCAAUUUCCGAGACCAAGGACAAAGAGCCGUCUGCUGAUGAGAACGCGUUCACUGAGGCAGAAGACACUCAUUUAUCAGAAAAAACCGUUAUUUCCGAGUCCCUUACUCUGCAAUCGGAGUUUGUUGGUGAUUCGAUUGAUGGUCAAGAACAACACAUUGAAAACACAGAAGAAGAAAAUGGUCUAUCAGAUGACGAAGCCUCUCCAAAGAAGCGUCAAGCGCGUGAGCAAGUCUCACAAGCAACUGAAGCAAAGUUUGACGUUAAUGGUUUAGCUGACCUCGAAGAUUCAAAAGGAUUAUUAUCUUUGCCGGCAACCAACGAAAUUACGGAUGACAUUACACCAGAAUCAGUGCCUGACGCUACUCCAAAAGAAGAAAAUACUCAUCAGGAAACUUCCUCUCCUGCCUCAUGA